AUGGGUGCAAGUUCGGCUUUUUAUUUGAUGAUCCGAGCUGGACUAUUGGAUGGCACGGAAUCGGCGUCGACAUUUUUGAAAGAUGCGCAGGAUGCUAAGAAUAAUACUCUCGCGGAAGGAAUUAUAGAAAACUUGGUGUUUGCAGAAAGCAAAUCGGUCAGGACAUCGACUGUUAUUCUAGCAGCUUUUAAUGUACUGGCUUCGUUUGCAACGGCAGCCAGUAUCCUUUAUGAUUCUUACUGGGCCUCGAAGCGGUGCAACCCGAAGUUCAAAGCUUCGCAAUUCUGCGUUUCGAUGAUACACCCGGCGGAAACUUUUCCUUUGGUACUAUCUAUUGGUAUUGUAAUUCAAGGAAUUAUCUUUGCUGCAGUUCAAGGAGAGGGACUUAAUUCAUUAUUUACAUCCGGAUGCAGUAUUAUCGCUCAAUUCAUGUGGAUUGAUGCUUUGCUUCAUUUCUAUGCCGCCGGUGUCUCCCUGGUCAGGAAUGCACCUCAGACACCGACCGAAAGUUUUCCAUCCGAGCACACGAGAAAACAAUCAUACUCUCUUUUCCCCGCACCAGCUCUCCAAAGUCCCAACACACUAUUGCCUCCUCGCAUGAACAGAUCUGCUUUCGAAUCAGUGUACGAUAUCAGCGACCUUUCAGACCUGGAAGCGCCUCCCUCACUCCAAGGAAAAAGAGGCCAUAGAAGAGGCUCUUCUGUAGCUUCAUCAGCAACAGUACAAAUCGGUAUCCGCUUCUCACAUGCACCACCACCUCCCGCUGUUCCGGGAAUGCUCCCUAUCGCCGUCCCAUCAUCAACUGACAAAGCAAGUGGACUCCCCGCCUCGACUUUUCAAGCCCUCGCUCUCCCCCCGACAACUUAUGCUCCCACAUCAAAGUUCAACCCCGCCACGCAGACCACGUCUGCUCCACCUAGGAUUCUUCUACCUCCAAUAAAAACAACAAACCUCGCCAAAAACAUCAUUCCAAUCCCACCUCGCUCACCUUUCAGGCCUUCUGUUGAUACAAACACCGCAACUCAACAAUUCCCAAAAAGAUCAAAUCCUUCUCGCAUUAACUCUCCGCAACAAUCCCCAUCCUAUAUAAACAAAACCCUCCCGGCAACACCCAAACCCAUUGCUCCAAAACAACCAGCCAUCGAACGUUUAGAACAAUCCAAAGCAAUCAUCCAGCUUAGCCCUACUGUGUACACGCCACCUAAAAGUUUACUGCAAAGAAAUGGUUCUGCAAAGGCCGUUCUCCCGGGCUCGGACUUUAACCGCCGAGAUUCAAAGUUUGGACAGGCGAGUAGGGAUCAAUGGAUAUGA